AUGUACCUUCACUUUAAGCCCUUUAGAUCAUAUUUGCUUUUACUUUACAUAUAUUUUUUAACAACCUUGGUUACAUAAUUUCUGAGCCCAGUGCAGAUUAGAAUCAACAAAUUAGAUAGAGCAUGGUGACAGUCUAGAUUCAAGGCACAUUAGCAGAAGCAAAAAUGAGAAAUGAAGCCUGUCAUUGAUGAUAAAGGAGGAAAAACAAUCAAGAGACUCAAAUACACUUAGUCUAGGGUCAUUUAAUGUAGAGGACAGUGAUCUUACUGGACCCUAGUAGGCCAAUUCCAUCUCAGGUAAAAAUGACAUAGCUUAUGAUUAUUACAAUGAUACUGAGUCAUUAUUCAGAAGUCAUGUUAUACUCAAAAAUACUGUUACUUUCACUCAUUUCAUCGUUCAACUGAUAUUUAUUGAGACCGACUUAUUUACUAGACCACGUGCGAGGCAAUGAAGAUAUAAAGAUAAAAAAGACAUGGUAAUGAAUUUCAAAAAGCUCACUAUUGGUCAGUGGAAACAAACAUAGGGAAAAAAAUCGUAAUUGCAUGAGAGGAAUCAAAUAUGCUAUACUAGAAAUAUGUAGAGUGCCAUAGGGACAAUCAGAGAGUUUGAGGAUGCAUACAAUAUAUCAGAGAAAAUAAUUUUCACCCAAACAAAUCUGUUAUUUAGAAAAGCCAUUAUGUGAUAUGCUGCAUUCCCGGUAUGACAGACAAUUAAAACAUCAUUGCUGUGUUAUUAGUGUUAACAAAUGGCAAAUAAAGCCUUGUGGAAUAAAUUCCAUUGCUUUAGAGGAAAUAACGUCUGUGUAGGCAGCAGCAUGCAGCAAGAACACGCCAUUCUUAGAAGCAACAUGUCAUUUAUACACAAAGUUACAUGUAUAUAGAAAGAUCUGAGGGCAUAAUAGGCAUUUCAGGACAUAAACUGAAUGAGGAGGCAAUCCUGUUUGCUCAUAGGCUCUCAGCUUCCUCAACACAACUACAUAUAGUAGCCAUCCUAAAGACUUCCUCAUAAAUCCUACUCCAUUUCAUUCCACUUCUCAGAAACUCUCCAGAAUUUUAAAAAAAAUUUUUGCUGAAUCCAUUUUAGCACUUAAUCCUAGGCUGCUUCAUACUGUAUUUUGUCAUCAGAUUUAACUGGUGCAUAGUUGUCUUCUCAAUUAGAUUGUGAGUUCUUAGAGGGAAGGAACUGUUUCUCCCAGGGCUCUUACGUCUCCCAUAUCACCUAGCACAUAGCUAAAGUACAAAGUAGCUGCUCAACAAACACAUUUAUUGAAUUUAAUAUGAAGAUUACAUCUUAUCAAUGCUGUAAGUGAAAUUGCCAAAGCUGUUUUCCAAUAGGUAAGAUUACAUUCAGUGCCUUAAAAUACCCUAGUAGAUGACUUGUCCUCAUAGCAGCAGAUUGCAAAACCACCCUGUCUUCAUUUCAAGUUAAUCUGACAUUUAUUUAUUACUUAUUACUAUUAAUUAUUACUGUGAAGAUUAGUAAGUGGUUCUUAAUACCUAGUAGAUGCAAAUGACAGGAGUUCUCUCUUAUCAUUGUGAAAUCGGACUGCAUGCAUGGUUAAUGGAAGUCUGAAAAGAUAUCUAAUUGCUGGAGAUCUUCAUAUAAGUGCAAGGGAAAGAUUUGUGCUCCUAGUGGAACAAUCACCUUCUGCGUCAUAAGAGCAUUCAUAAUCUGACUGCAGAUCUGGAAUAUGACUAAUAUUUGGCUCUAAUACUAUAGGUGGUUGCUGUGGAGGGAAUCAGUAAGACCAUAAUUGUCAUUUCCUUGGAAAAAUUUAAUCCACAGAUGGAUCCCAACACCCAACUGCAUUUGUGUCCAAAAUUCAUGGGGAUUUUUGCUAAAUAAGGACUGAUUCAGCCAAAAAAGACAGACUCUGACUAGAGAACUCUGUAUCACUCAGGGCUCCAAAAAGCGUAUUUACCCAAGCACUGAAUGCUUCGGAACACUAGAAUUUUCCUAAGGGGCAACACAGUGAAAAGUCACUUACUGGUUAAAAUGCACAUUUAUAUUUACCCUUUAUAAGAUGAAGCAAUGGAGUUAAUCAAUGCUAUCAUGCAUUUACAAAGUUUCCGUUACCUACAAAAGAUAACCAUUCAUGUUUCCUUAUCAGCUAAAUAAUUAACAUAAAAAUUCUAUUCAGAUUGGGAAGCUGCUUAUUAAAAUAAUCAGCUUUUCUCUAACUUUCUACUUGAAGAAAUAAGCCUUGCUGCAUAUGGGAGGUGAGAGUGAUAUUGAUGGUAAAGAUUAGCAAACAUAUAUUUAUUUGCCCCCUCCCAGAACUAAAUUUAUACAACCAAUCAUAAUCUUGUAACUUUGUAUUCUUUUCUUCAAAGAUUUUCCUAUCAUAUGAAACUUUCUGUAUUCAGUUUAUUUGGAGUCGAAUAGUAAAGUAAAACAAUUCCAAUCCAAAUUUCAGAAAAAUGGCAUCUCUUUCUGAGUGACAGAUCUCCAAAAGACUCGUUACCUGGAAAUAAAAGUGUUGCCUCUCUGAGUUUACAAGGUUUGGAAAAUUCUUAGCCAUCUACUAGUGCACAGACUGAAUCAUAAUAAAGAAAAGAACAUAUAUAAAUGAUUAAUAGCCCCCUUCCAAUUAGGCUUAAUAUGUUGUAAGGGAUUAUUUAGACCUCUCCUGCCUGUUUCUUAGCAGAAAUCCAUGAGGAAACACAUUUCAGAAGCAGUGGAGCGAGCUGUUACUCAUCGUCUGUCCUUUGGCUGUAUAGCGUUAGUUUGUCUAUCUCCAGGUUCUUUGAGCUUUGGGUUACAGCCUGGGUUCCUAUACAUCCACCUAUGUUGCUGAGUUAAUUCAAGCUGUUUAUAAACAAUACAUGACUUAACAAAUGUUAACGUAGACCUCCCUUGUGUGAGGCAUUGUUCCCACGCACGGGCCUUUAAAAGGCAAGACAACCGGUUACAGGGCUUGAAGUACUGUGUAAUUUCAACAAACGGAAUGGAACAGCAAUGCGUUUGGUUAUCAGAGCAGUCACACGUCGUCCACAACCUAUUCCACACGCUUGUAAUUUCAGUAUCUUGCUCAGUGCUAGGGAAAGAGACACACUUGCUAACGGAGGACGAAGUACGUAUCUGCAAAACCUCAGCAUAUUUCACCAGCACCUCCUAGGGGCCAUGUGUGGGUAUGAGGCUAGGAGGUGGGCACCAGGGUGCACCGGCGCAGACCCUUCCUUGAAUUGUCGGUUUCACCUCUCCUACGCACAAAAACAUACUCAGGCUGUGCCGCUCAGAAUACAAGCUAGUUUGUUGAAGUAGUUUGGCAACUCUAGGAGGUCUUUUAGAGGUUUAAAUAAACUGCACGAAAGGCGCAUUUGGUCGCUUGAGAAAAUAAACAUUCAACACACACUCAGGGAUUUCGAAUUCGGUGUAAGGAAAAGACUCCUAAAGAUAUUAUGUCCUCUAACAGCAAAGCUUCAUUAUGACACCAAAGUUCUCAGAGACCUGUCACUUACUCUUCAAUUUACACACACUCACACACAAACAAAUCCUGUAACGUUCCAGGAUCCAGACCGGGUUAACACUGAACUCGACAUGGGUUUUUAAAGGGUCUGCAUGCUCUUGCCUGGUUGCUGGGAAUGAGGGCUGGGAGGCGCUGAUGCGAGGGCAGAGCUGAGUGGCUGUAGGAGUUGCUGUUCCAGAGAAUUCACUACUCUGUAAUUGCUCUGAUUUUAGAUCAGCAGAGCGUGCCGGGCGGUGGUGGAGAAAGAGAUUGAGGGCGGACAAUGCGAGAGGGAAGGAGUCGUUCACCGUUCAGAGAAGUCUAGGCGCUUUGACAUGUUCUCUGGAUGUCAGCUGAGUUGCUAAGGUAACUCUGCAUGUCAGUAGACAGACCUUGGUAGAACCUCAAGGCUCCUGGAGACCUCCAUCUCUCCUUACAUUUUUUGCAUGUGUGUGUCUUCACUGAACAUUCAAAACUGUUUCUCCAAAGGGUUUUGCAAAAACUCAGACUGUUUUCCAAAGCAGAAGCACUGGCGUCCACAGCAGAAGCGAUGGGCAGUGUGCGAACCAACCGCUAUAGCAUUGUCUCUUCGGAAGAAGACGGCAUGAAGUUGGCCACCAUGGCGGUUGCAAAUGGCUUUGGGAACGGCAAGAGUAAAGUCCACACUCGACAACAGUGCAGGAGUCGCUUUGUGAAGAAAGACGGCCACUGUAAUGUUCAGUUCAUUAACGUGGGUGAGAAAGGACAACGGUACCUCGCAGACAUCUUUACCACAUGUGUGGACAUUCGCUGGCGGUGGAUGCUGGUCAUCUUCUGCCUGGCUUUCAUUCUCUCAUGGCUGUUUUUUGGCUGUGUGUUUUGGUUGAUAGCUCUGCUCCAUGGGGAUCUGGAUGCAUCUAAAGAGAGCAAAGCUUGUGUGUCUGAGGUCAACAGCUUCACGGCCGCCUUCCUUUUCUCCAUUGAGACCCAGACAACCAUAGGCUAUGGCUUCAGGUGUGUCACGGACGAAUGCCCAAUUGCUGUUUUCAUGGUGGUAUUCCAGUCAAUCGUGGGCUGCAUCAUUGAUGCCUUUAUCAUUGGUGCAGUCAUGGCAAAGAUGGCAAAGCCAAAGAAGAGAAAUGAGACUCUUGUCUUCAGUCACAAUGCUGUGAUCGCCAUGAGAGAUGGCAAGCUCUGUUUGAUGUGGCGAGUGGGCAAUCUUCGGAAAAGCCACUUGGUGGAAGCUCAUGUUCGCGCACAGCUCCUCAAAUCCAGAAUUACUUCUGAAGGGGAGUACAUCCCCCUGGAUCAAAUAGAUAUCAAUGUCGGGUUUGACAGUGGAAUUGACCGUAUAUUUCUGGUAUCCCCAAUCACUAUAGUCCAUGAAAUAGAUGAAGACAGUCCUUUAUAUGAUUUGAGUAAACAGGACAUUGACAAUGCAGACUUUGAAAUUGUUGUGAUACUGGAAGGCAUGGUGGAAGCCACCGCCAUGACCACACAGUGCCGUAGCUCAUAUCUGGCAAAUGAAAUCCUCUGGGGCCACCGCUAUGAGCCUGUACUCUUUGAAGAGAAGCAUUACUACAAAGUGGACUAUUCAAGGUUCCACAAGACUUAUGAAGUACCCAACACUCCCCUUUGUAGCGCCAGAGACUUAGCAGAAAAGAAAUAUAUUCUCUCAAAUGCUAAUUCAUUUUGCUAUGAAAAUGAAGUUGCUCUCACAAGCAAAGAGGAAGAUGACAGUGAAAAUGGAGUUCCAGAAAGCACUAGUACGGACACACCCCCUGACAUAGACCUUCACAACCAGGCAAGUGUACCUCUAGAGCCCAGGCCCUUACGGCGAGAAUCGGAGAUAUGACUGACUGAUUCCUUCUCUGGAAUAUUUACUUUAAAACACAGUCUGUUGGUCAAAGGCCCCAGUUAUUCAGACGACGGUACUGGCGAAGAGGUGGGUCAAGGCAAGUGGCCACAAGGGACUGAGGCUAACACAGUGGUUUCAAAGAAAGACUGUAAGCUCGAAGAUUCAUGUAAAGCACUUAACAUGCUUCCCCAUGACCUGAUGGCACAUACGUGUUGUAGAAUAAGUUAUGGGGUUUUUAUGUUUUGUUUUGUGUUUUUACAAAACUUGAACUUGCAGGCAAGCCUUGGUUGGGUGUUUGACUUAUCCAGAAUGCUUCUCUUUAGGGAACAAGAAUGUUUUUAAUGGCAUAACAAAGGCAAGACUCUGCCUUAAUUUUUGAAAAGCUGCUAACUACAUGAACACAAAUUGUCUUUUUGUUGCAGUGUAGUUUUUGUUUCGUGUAAUUUAAAAGUCAGUGUUGAACUUUAUUGAAAGCUCAUGAUAUGUGCUUCAAAGUGGCAAGUAUUUGGCUAUUAGCUGCCAAAAACGAGAGCCUGAUUUUUUGAGGCCAGUAAUUUGUUUGCUAGAAUUGAUUUUCUCUCUCUCUCUCUUUCUCUUUGGUUACAUAAGGGCAUUAUGUAACACUAGCCAAAUGGUAGCCUCUGGGUUGGUUUGUUGUUUUUUUUUCCCUCCAUGAUGUUAAUGGGUUAUCUCAAAUUUUAAGUUAGACUACCUAAAAUAAAUACCAAAGAUAAUGCACAUUUUUGCACAGUGGAGCUUAUACUAAAAAGGAAAGAAAGCCCUCCGGCUGCCUUGAAAUAAGAGACAAUAACUUUGAACCUCAGCAAGACCUUGAACUGCCCUCUCCUUUGCACCUUAUUCAGAAAAUAGAACAUCAUACACAGAGUCUAGUAAGUGUAGUGCUUUUUAAAUUGUGUUCUUUCAUGUAACUUUCGUAUUACAGGAGGAAGAGGAAAGGGAAAGUAAAAGUCACACACACACAUAACACAAUAUCAACAUCUUUUCUUUCCUGUGAGGUAGUGCCAGCCAGGCUAACACAGAAGGUGAGAGAUGGUAUGUGCUCUUACACUUUUCUGGAUUUUCCCUUUUUGCACAUUCCAAAAUUUAUUCCAUAAGACCAGACCCAGGUUGAAGUUAUUGGCAUCCUCAAAACUGAGCCAUCCAACAUGAAAGACAAAUAAGUUUAAACCCUUGCGGCUGAAUUCCUUGCCCUGACUGUCAGGACAUUUCUAACCUGACAUUGCCUUCAAAAGAUGCCACACCUGGCCUCUAGGCUGGUUCUUCCAAUCAGUCUGUCUGGAGUGAGUCCUACAGUGUCUGUAUUUGCUGCCGAUGCCAAAAUGAAGAGGCAGUGAGAUGAGGACAAGGCACUUUGAUCUAGCACGUCAGCUCAAGUAUUCAGCAGGGAGAGGAAGGUUGCUUUCUUUGAUGGUAGAGGGUAGGAACGAAAAUGUCUCAGUAUUUUAGGGUCAACAAGAGCCAUAAAACAUAUAACACAGUCACAAGUAAGGGAGAUAAUGGCCUAAAAGCAUUAUUUCCUCUUAUGAAUCCACACUCCUGAUUGAAUCUGAGCUGAUCCUUGUCGCCUGUGGAGCCCUAAGGCAGGUUACUAAGGACAUGUUGUUUUCCAGAAGCCUCUCCUGCCUGGCUGCCUGACUUGCUAGAAACUUUUUUUUUUUUUUCCGGCCUGGCUCAAUAGCGAAACUCUUUUUUUGGUUUAAAGUUCUUUAUUGGUGAAUUCUCGUGUUGCUGACUUUUGAAUUGGAGUCUCAAAAUCAACUCUCUUAUGGUAUUAUAUCCCUGUAUGCCAUUAAAAAACAGCUUGUUCUAGAAUCCUGUGUUUUGUAACUUGACGUUUGUGAUGGUCUCUGGUUUCGAACAGCCAUAUCUGAAUGAGGUGCCUGCAAUAAUAUGACAGUUUCUGCUGUUCUCAGCCUUCAAAGUCAAUGGGUUUGAAAGCUAUGGUGUUAUUUUCAUUGAAUCCAAGAUAGAGAUGUCAAAUGUGUGGAUGCUAUGUUAAAUACAAAUUUAAAGGCAGGUUUAGGAAGUUGAGUAGAGAGUUGGAGGGAUCGGGAUUGAGUAGACAAGAGAAUUUAUAGAAGAGGCAACCAUUUGGCCGUUGACAGUGAGAGGGUAUCGAGGGCUUCAGCUGCUGCUAUUUCAAUAUUUUGCAAAGGAAAAUAAUCAAACCAAAGAGUAUUCAGUGAUAAGUAAAUUAAAUGAAGAUACGGUGGAGAAUGGGGGUGACCAGAGAGAAGGCUCCUCCCAAACACACAGUGCUGCCAUUUCAAAUGACUUGAGAUAUUUGAGAGGGGGUGGGUACGGGGGCAAGAAUGAGGGAGGGAAAUCUUUCAACUUCUUUCUGAAAAAGAGAAAAAAAAUCUAACAUUUCUGGUGCACAGGUUUGUUUUUUUUUUUUCAAGAAAAUUUUGCAGAAGCUAUGUUUUUAAAGUGUACAUUUUAUAAAGUUUAUCAGAUAUUUUCAUAUUUAAAGCCAAAUGUAAAUAGAUGUCUGUAAAGGAAAAAAAUUGCCAUAGAAAGUAUAAUUUCAGUGCAGCAAUUCUGAGAGCUAGUACCUAUAUGCUACCGGUUAGCAUGGUUUUAGCAAAUAUUUACCAGCCUUAUAAGGUUCGUAUUGCUAUGUUCUUCUGUUAUUUAUUUCAGCAUGGACUGAUCAUUUGAAAGCUUUUUCUAGUUAUUAGUAUUUUAACAGUUACAAGCUUUAAAUGGCAAUUUUUCUUUGUCAAGAGCCAAGACACAGGUAAUGCACAACAUUUUUUGCUGCAUUUUACCUUCAAAACGUUUGUCCUUGUUGACUGGGUCUCCUUAAUUAGUGUACACAUGUCAUUAGAAUGCAGACUGAAGAGACUCAUCGUGAAUAUCUGGGGUCUAUUCCAGAUACGUGUUGCUUCUCUAUUGCAAGCAAACCCCUUCUGAAUUUACUUAGGAAUUAUUCCCUUUUAAAGAAUUUUUGCCCAUAUCUAGAUGGGCAUUAUAUUUUUGGGAGGAGGCAUAGAUUCUUGGUUAUGCUAUUUUUAAACAAGAGGUAGACAAAGUGAAUUCUAUUUUGAUUAUUGAGAAAGGAAUAGUUUUCUAUCCCUCUAAGAGUAUACUUGAAUCAGACAUUCUAAGGAUGUCACCAUAGCACUGUAGUCAUUUCCAAAUUCCUGGAGAAAGUUUGUUUUACUUUGUUUUUAUUCUAUUAAUGCAUUAUUUCUUCCCUUCACUUCCUUUCUUCUCUAUAAACUCCCAUCCCAAACCUUGAUGUUUGUUCCGAUGAGCUCUGUCCCCCAAAUCAUGUUACCCUUUCAAAUAACAAAUGUCAGUUCGUAUUUCAUUAUAAGCCACUCAGUAAAGGUAAAAAGCUUGUUCUGAGAAGUAGAGUGAGUUCUUUUUCACUCUGUGUCUAUACUGUUAAAGUGAAAAAAAAAACAAGUGUUGCACCGUCACCUCCCCACUCCCAACUAGAAUCUCUUUUCUAGUUCUGUUGGGUUUCAGCUCUGGGCUCUGGACGAGUUGAACAAUCCCGGCUUUUGACAAUCAUGAUAGUUAUUAUUUUCCCGUUUGCCGUCUUUUUGUAUCUAAAGUCUUCCUAUUGUACUGCACAAACCAUGGAUUGUACAUAUUUUUAUAUAUUAUGUCUUAUUUUAUUAUUUCUAAAUAAAAAAUAAAAAAUUGAGAA